AUGUCCAACAGCAGCUCCAUCAGGCACUUCCUCCUCCUGGCAUUGGCAGACAUGCGGCAGUUGCAGCUCCUGCACUUCUGCCUCUUGCUGGGCAUCUCCCUGGCUGCCCUCCUGGGCAACGGACUCAUCAUCAGCACUGUAGCCUGCAGCCACCACCUGCACACACCCCUGUUCUUCUUCCUGCUCAACUUGGCCCUCAGCGACCUGGGCUCCAUCUGCACCACUGUCCCCAAAGCCAUGCACAAUUCCCUCUGGGACACCAGGGACAUCUCCUACACUGGAUGUGCUGUCCAAGUCUUUCUGAUUUUCUUCUUCCUCUCAGCAGAGUUUUCUCUCCUGACCAUCAUGUGCUACGACCGCUACGUGUCCAUCUGCAAACCCCUUCACUACAGGACCCUCCUGGGCAGCAGAACUUGUGCCCACAUGGCAGCAGCUGCCUGGGCCAGUGCCUUUCUCAAUGCUCUCAUGCACACAGCCAAUACAUUUUCCCUGCCCCUGUGCCAUGGCAAUGCCUUGGGCCAGUUCUUCUGUGAAAUCCCACAGAUCCUCACACUCUCCUGCUCCAAAUCCUAUCUCAGAGAAUUUGGGCUCCUUGUGUUUUCCAUCUGUUUAGCAUUGUGUUGCUUUGUGUUCAUUGUUUUCUCUUAUGUGCAGAUCUUCAGGGCUGUGCUGAGGAUCCCCUCUGAGCAGAGACGGCACAAAGCCUUUUCCACCUGCCUCCCUCACUUGGCCGUGGUCUCCCUGUUCCUCAGCACUGGUACACUUUAUUAUCUUAAGCCCCCCUCCAUCUCCUCCCCAUCCCUGGAUCUGGCCCUGUCAGUUCUGUACUCGGUGGUGCCUCCAGUGCUGAAUCCCCUCAUCUACAGCCUGAGGAACCAGGAGCUGAAGGCUGCAGUGUGGAGACUGAUGACUGGCGUGUUUCGGAAGCAUUAA